AUGGCGAGUGGUUUUUGGGUAUUCAGUAUGACCGAAAGGGCGAGACUAAUCUCAGCGUUCGUUACGCCACUGGGAUUAUUUGAAUGGCUUCGGAUGCCUUUUGGGCUUAAGAAUGCGCCUCAGAUAUAUCAAAGGUUGUUGGAUAAUGCGUUAUAUGGAUUCUUACGGAUUUCGCCAGGGGCGGCCACAGAGGAAACAAAGGAUUUGUUCGCAACAGGGGAACCCGAUGCAAAAUCGGGCCUCUCAAUUGCCGUCAAGAGUACGUGGGGAUAUCGGAAGGUCGAGUAUCUUGGACAUCGAGUUUCCAAAGGGGGACUAGAGGCCCACCCAAAAGAUCUUCAGUCUUUGGUCGACCUACCUCUACCGACAACGCUGAAGGCUAUGCAGUCCUUUCUAGGAAGCCUAAAUUACUACAGCAGGUACAUCGAAGAUUAUGCCAUAUACGCGUCGAUCCUUUACGAACUGAGAGAGGUGGAUUUUCACGCUUGGAGGUGCAAAUGGAAGGCUAACGAGGAAGUGACGGCCCAGGAAGACGACGAAGAAAAAUGGUCGAAGGUACAAGUAGCGUUUGCCAUGCUCAAGAACAAGAUUGCUACAGCGUCCAUCCUACGACAUUUCGACCCGGCUAGAGAGGCGUUCAUCAUUGUCUACGCAAGUGAUUGGGCUAUCUCGGCGUCGUUGGUGCAGAAUUACGACGGCCUGUAUAUGCCGGUAAUGUUUACGAGCCGAACCCUCAAGUCAAACGAGGUGAACUAUAGCACAGUGGAAAAGGAAGUGUUGGCGUUGUUACGAAUAUUGGAAACUUGCUUCACGAUGUUGGUCACCCGACCUCUCAAGGUUCUGACGAGGCAUUCUACACUAGCCUGGCUAGUGAAGUCUUCGGGGUUGCAAGUUCGCUUAGGAAACUGGGCCGCUCUGUUGUCACAGUGGACUUUGGAGAUUGUGAAAUGCAAGAAAGGCGAGGACCAGGUACUGGGGGCGUUAGCAGCCAGCAUCACGCCUCGAAAGAAUGUGGACUCCAUUCUGUCGUCAAUUGCUCCCAAGAAGCAGUCCAGGCAAGUGGCCGACCUACCGACGCCCACAGUGGAACUAAAUGAAGAACUGUAUGUGAUGAGUUUCGAUGGGUCGGCCCGGGUGAAACAAGGGGGAGGCGCCUGCAGCGCUAUUGUGUGGAGACUCCCUGCAUGGACUAUAGUCGCAGCUGCGUCGAAAUAUCUCGACAAGUCUACGGUGAAUGAAGCUGAAUAUGAGGGCAUGUUACUGGGUUUUGACCUGUUGGAGCCAAUGGAGCGACGGCGUUUGAUUAUUUGUGGAGACUCCAAUCUGGUUAUAAGACAGAUUCGUGGAGAGAUUGAAUGCAAAGCUUCAGGUUUAUCCCCGUUGCGGGCCAAGGCGUUGAGUAAGCUCCAGUCGUGGUCCACCCACGCAGUAUUACAUGUGAAACGAGACUGGAAUCAGAGCGUAGACCAAUUGGCCAGUGCGGCUUUACAUCAGCAGCAAGGGGUCGAGUCGAUACCAAGAGGAGAGUGGUCGGGUCUAGAAACAAUCAAUCGGCUGCCAGAGGUGUUAGUCCCUAGAGACCGAGGCCAGUCGGUCAAGGUAUCUGCGGUGACGAGAUCACGGUUUCCCGUCAGAAUAUCUGGAGAGGUCAUACAAGAAGAUGUGGUACAACAACUCCGGAUGGAAAGGAUCCGAGAUGCGCAAGAAGAGGAGAGCUGGGUACGCGAGUUGAAGGCAUAUUUGAAUGGAUACUGGAAGGACUUGUCAGUGGAAUUGGCCCGAACUUGCAGCAAAAUGUCGGAAGAUUACGAGAUAAGUGAAGAAGGACUGCUGGUGUAUUGCCCCGGCCAGAGGACCAAGGGAGACGACCGAGACAUAACUGCCAGAUUGGUGAUACCUGAGAGUCUCCAAGCCGACGUCCUCCAUCACUAUCAUAAGAGUUUGGAAGGUGGCCAUCAGGGAAUCGGGCGUAAUUAUCAUCGGAUCAGACAAUACUGUCAUUGGAGGGGUCUGUUCCGGAGUGUUCAGAAAUAUGUGGGUCAGUGCAUGGAUUGUGAGACUGGGAAAGGGAGACCCACUUUACAAGGGAAGUCUCUGGGGAAUGUGAAGCGACGUACCCCUUCCAAAUUAUCGCGAUGGACCACAUAUCAUCUCUCCCCAAGUCACAUAAAGACAGUAGCUGAGGAAUAUGAAGAAUGCGUUUUCCGCCGUUUUGGUGCCAGUGAGAUGAUCCGUCACGAUCGGGAACCGGGGUUUGUGUCGGACUUCUUCCGAGCGUUCAGUCGUAUGGUGGGUCAACGUCAGAGAGCGACCAUGGCCUACCGACCUCAAGCGAACGGCACUGCGGAGAGAAUGGUCCAGACUCUAACAAGAUCGCUCAAGAUGUACGUGUGGUGA